AUGGCGGUGCGGCAGCGGCUGCGACAGCUGUUCCAGGACCCGCAGACCGUCGGGGCCAUUGUGCUGGAGCGGGCGCCCGCCCUUGCCUCUACCGCCUGCGUCUCGCUGUCGGCGCCCCGGACGCCGCCCCGGCCGCCGCCCCUGUCGCCGCCCCUGUCGCCGUCUUCCGUGCCGCCGGCCGAGGUGCCGGCGUCGCCGCCGCGGCAGCAGGGUCCGCUGCCGGAGGAGUGCGCCGUGUUCCACUGCCGCGGCUGCUGGACAGUGCUGGGAGACUCGCUGCAGCUGUGCGGGCAAGAGCCGCCGGGGCUUAGCGUCCUCAUCUGCUUCAGAGUCACCAAUGAUGUGACCUGGGAAGAGUCGCUGUUGGUCGGCCUCGAGGGAGCCCUCCUGGGAUGUACUUAUUAUUUAUUAUUCUGUCGAUCUUGUGGCUCAGCUGUGGGCUUCAUUCUUUACUCUUCUGGCAGUGACCUGGUGUAUCUCCGGGACUUGUUCUGUUUCUUCAAGGACAGCAUCAUGUGUUAUCUCUUAAAAAAUCAAAUGAUUGUAGAAGCUUCUAAGGUCAAUUUUCCAGCUGUGACCUUAAAGGAAAACAUGCAGAAAGUGAAAGAAAAGCUUGUGGACUUGAGUGCUCGCAUAGAAUUAGUAACAGAACAUCUGGAUAAAAUAACAAAAUAAUUAUGUAAAAGAACGGCAGAACUCUUCAACAGAUCAACUGAUACACAUUUUCAAGAACUGUUGGAAAUGUUUCUGCAUCUCUGCUGUGUUUGGUCAUUACCAAGAAAUAUUGCACCAGAGUAAUUGAUCUGUUACUUUAUCUGUGUGUGGAACAAACUGAUGAUGAAGUGCAUCCCUUCAGGAACACCUGAGAAUCUGACAUACUGAAAUUAUGCUUGGAAGACUGAAUAGUUCACCCAUGCAGCAUGUUACUCUUUGAAGCUGUGUAAAUGUGACUUUGGUUUUGUAGUGACUUCAGGGUGAAAACUAGCCUUUGAAAUACUGAAGUCAGGUUUCUGGAGCUGUGCAAAACAUACUUGGCAAGGUGGAGAUAUUCAAGAGCAACCAUUACAAACUGAACAUUCUUAGAGACCUAGAGCUCUUGUCCCACCAUUUAAUAGACACAUUGUUAAUGGCAGUCUUGGUUUUAAUGGCAGCUAGUUUUUGGUCAAGUGCUCAUUAGCUACAACUGAUAUGUGAGCCGCUGCUAAAUGGACUCCUGAAUAGUUUUGAGAUUUGCUAGUGUGUGUUGCCUGCAAAAGCAGCAGACGAGCACAUCACAGAUGCUUCAGUGUUCUUAGAGCAUGAGUCUGGAUGGCACCAUGGAGGAAGAACACAAGGUUUUGAAUUUAAGGUAAUGGGCAACCCACGUGCCAGCAAAGUCAGUCCCAGGAACAGGACUGAGUCAAAUUCUGCCAGCUAAGGCUGUGAGCAACUGCCUUGAACAGAUUUGAGCAUUUCUUUCUGGAACGUUAACUAUGAGAUCAAGGGACAUUCUUCUGCACAAUUGUGGAAGCACUGCUUUCCAGAAGUUAUGACUGGCCCGUCACCUUCAAUUGGCCAAUUAGGAUGUUUCAUAAAAAAUACCUACUCAUGGCUCAUUGGCAUCUAUCUCUGUUGGAAAUUGGUUCUGCUUAUUUCCAAACAUUUAGGAAAUAUUUUUACAGAAAAGAAAGCACUUACCCGUUGUUACUGGGACCAAAUAUCCCUUAUUCUUUUUUUGGAAGAUUAAGGUCACUUUUCCUCUCCUUUUUGCUGCCUAAAGGGCUAAUGUUUUUCCCUAAAGGGAAAAUGAACUUUAUGGAAAGUUUAAUAGUUGCCUGUAGUAGUCUAGAGAGGAUUCUGUUUACUUGAUCAGCUUAAUUCCAGUGAUGCAAAUUGCCUUCUGCUUCCAUAUAUAUGACCAACAGGUUGCAGACCUCAUUGCUGCCG